UUGAAACAUGGCGCUCAUAAUCAUAACCUCAAAACGUCGACGCAAGGCGCAAGCGCCGCCAUUAUAAUUUUUGUUGUGUUAUUGUACCGAAAUGGCUUUAUUUAAGACUACAACUUUAUCUUCCGUUUUGCGUAAUACCAAAAAUAUAAAAAUAUUUCGACACUCAUCAACAACCACCACCGAUCAGGAGCCUGCAAAAAUUGAAAAAAGUAUCAAUAGUGUCCAAUUAUUGGGUCGUGUGGGUGCCGAUCCCCAGAAAAAGGGAACGGAGCAGCACCCCAUCGCCGUUUUUUCUCUAGCGACUCACACGAAUUACCGUUACGAAUCGGGGCAAUUUAUGCAGCGUACGGAAUGGCAUCGAGUGAUUUGCUUCAAACCCGGGUUGAGAGAGACAAUCUUGAAUUUCUUAAAAAAGGGACAAAGAGUGCACGUGACUGGUCGCAUUACUUAUGGGGAGGUUAUGGGGGAGGAUGGCAAGCCGAAAUCCACCACGGCUAUAGCAGCAGACGACGUCAUUUUUUUCCAGACUCGUUAAUAAGUUAGACAUCACUUUACUCAAGAUCUGAUAAGAUUAUUUAGGUACAAGACAAGGCGAACUCACAUCUUUGUUUUUUGAGUGGCGGAAAUCCAGGUACUGUUUUUUCAGUAUUAUUUUCGGGUCUUUCAAGGGGGGAUACGGCAGUCCGGUUAUAAAGACAGCCCGGCCGUUUAUAUCGGCGAAGUCUAAGCCUUCGGAGACUUUGCCACGACAUACCCCCAUAAAAAUAGCCCCACUGUAGCUCGGGUCUUGGAUUUUGGCAUAGUACUCGGACAUGGCGGUGGCGAAGGAAAUUUUGUCUUUCGGUUCGACAUAAAUUGGCUAAAAAUCAACAAUAAAUGGCCGGUAAAUAAUGUUUCCGCCGUACUUUAAUUCGGUUUAUAGAGUCCCAUAUGCCGUCGUCUUGCCAGUGUUCAAUUGUUUUUUGCAUAAUUAUGUAAGAAGGGAAAAAAAUUAAAACACCGUCGGGGAUUACCCGGAUUAGAUUCGAAAUUACUAGCCCCAACGAUCGUAAAUAUUUCGGAUUAGCCCGAUUUUGAAAAUUACUAUUUAGGGGUUCCAUAUCGGGGCCUUUGCUCAAAAUUUUAACACAGACUUGGUCACCUUGUACAAUGUGGGGGUUUUCAAUCCGUACCCCGAUGUCGAGCUCAAGUUCCGAAAUUAGAGGCUUCAAGGGGGCCAAAGUGCCACUAGUGAGGAUCACGCAGUGGAUAUUGCGAUCCAUCAACAUAUUCAUCCUAAAUUAAUAAAUGAAAGGUGGUUAAAAAUUAAAAUCAGGUCUGACUUACGCAAAUCCGGGACUAAAACACCAAAAAUUUAACACGCGACAACUUUCUUUUUGCUCAAUUUUUUGCGAGUAUCGGGUUUUCCAGAGAUUUUCGGGCUUUUCGUCUUCUACUUGGACCUAAUAAUUGUUGUAAAAAAGUAAUAAAGAUGUUUCAUACAUUACUUUAAAA